UUAAGGGAGAAGUGAUUCCAACCGCGAGGAAGGAAGCCAGGAGAAAAGACAGGAAUUCAAUCGAUUUCUCAUCAGGUAAAAACUGGAAUGCUGGAUCGCUAUCGACGACCUUGUUAUUAACUAAUCUACUUUAUUUACACUCGCAAAGUUCCAUCCGGUCCCUUUCGGGAUGUGUGAGGCAGUCCAGUAUUUGAGCAAACGCAAUCUCUGGAAGAUCGCAUCAGUGUGGAUCGAAGGGAGUCAGUUAGUUAGUUAGUUCGUUCGUUAGCCAUGGAACUCGAUCUUCCGGGCUUCAGAUUCCAUCCCACAGAAGAGGAGCUGCUGGACUUCUACUUGAAGGGCGUGGUGCAGGGCAAGAAGCUCCAGCUCGAGAUCAUCACCACCAUUCAUCUCUAUCGCUACGAUCCUUGGGAUCUCCCUGGGUUGGCCAAGAUAGGGGAGAAGGAAUGGUACUUCUACGUGCCGAGAGACCGGAAGCAGGCGAACGGCGGCGGGCGGCCGAGCAGGACGACGGAGAGGGGGUUUUGGAAGGCGACCGGGAGUGAUCGGCCGGUCCGCAGCGCCGCCGACCCGAAGCGGCUCAUCGGACUCAAGAAGACGCUGGUCUACUACGAGGGUCGGGCGCCGCGCGGCACCAAGACUGACUGGGUCAUGAACGAGUACCGCCUCCCCGAUCCCCCAACGGCCAACAACUCCGUCAAUCCGCCUCCGCCGCCCAAGGAGGGCAUAGUUUUGUGCAAGAUAUAUAGGAAGGCGACGUCGAUGAAGGAGCUGGAGCAGCGGGCGGCGGCGAUGGAGGUGGCGGCGCCGACGGUGUCGCCGUCGCACAAUUGCGAGUCGGUGACCGAGUCCUGGCCGGAUUGGUCGAUCGACGAGAGCUUCCAGCUGAAGUCUUUGGAGUUCCUUGAAGACGUGAUCGUGCUGGGGAACAGAGAGGCGGCGGCGGCGGCGGCGGCGCUGGUGGACGAAGAGGAGGAAGUGGUAGUGGACACUUCCGCCACGGCGGUGAGCCGGAAGCCGAGUCUGCCGGAGCUGGAGGUGCCGAAGCCCAACGGACUGGAGUGGCUGCAGGACCCGUUCUUGACUCAGUUGAGGAGUCCAUGGAUGGUGGAGCUCUGCUCUCCUUCCUACGCCACCAUACUCAAUUUCUGAGCUCGACGAACUCGAAGCACGAACAGAAAUGCACAGAACAAUAAAAAAAAAAAAUCAGGUGAACUGCUGAUUUCUUCUAACAAAAAAAAAAAAAAGGGAAAGAAAGAAAGAUCUGGACAAAGUAAAAAAAAAAAAAAAUUAAAAAAACAGUCGAGGAAAACUUUGGAUGAAAGAGACGUUUAUUCUUGUCGGAGUAUGAAGACAGUGCAAUCCGAGCUGUAAAAUUAAAUAUUGUCAUAUGAAUGAUUUUCUCUACAACUCCAUGCUGUAAAGAUAUGCUUUUAUUUUUGGAAUAAACCAAACUGUAUAGCA